GGGUGACAUUGCCUGAAACAGUCAUCAUGGCUGCCUCCACGUUUUGCCCAGUUUUGAUGCCCUUAUGCCGAUUAAACUGUAAAGUUAACGGGUUUUACAAACUUAUUUUACUUGACCAAAGAGCUGCGAUAUCCAUAGGACCAUUAACAAGCAAUGGCGUCGGGAGCCAAGUUUUGGCAGAGAGAGGCGGCAGAGGACCGAGGAGACCCAGGCGGGAGGCUGGUGAACCCCGGACAGAGCGGAUGGCAGUGGAUCAGGACUGGACCACAGUUUAUCCGACUGCAAAGUCUUUUAAACCUGAUGCUAUUCCACUGCCAGUAAGGAUGGGCUACCCAGUAAAGAGAGGUGUACCACCAGAGAAAAAGGGCAAUCUUGAACUAAUAAAGAUUCCAAACUUCCUACAUUUAACCCCAGCUGCCAUCAAGAAACACUGUGAAGCCCUGAAACCGUUUUGCACAGAGUGGCCUGUUGCUCUGGACUCUAAUGCAAAGUGUAAGCAGCAUUUUCCCAUCCAGGUGCAGACUAAGGACUAUGUGUCUGCUGGAUUAUCACUGAGAAACCCUGACUCUAGAAUUGUUACACUUACUGUAAAGCUGUCCAGCCUGAAUUUAGAUGACCAUGCCAGGAAGAAGAUGAUCAAACUAAGUGGCGAGCGUUACAACGAAAAAACGGACAUACUCACUAUUAUGACUGACAGUUGUCCAAUGAGGCAGCAGAACCAUGACUAUGCCAUGUACCUGCUCACUGUUCUGUACCAUGAAUCCUGGAAAACAGAGCCAUGGGAAAAGGAAAAGACACGUGCUGACAUGGAGGAGUACAUUUGGGAGGGCAGCCCAUCCCAGAGGAAUAUUCUAGAAACCUUACUGCGCAUGCAGCCUCUCAGAGAAAAGCCUGAGGAGGACGAGGGAGUGCGGGAGGAGCUGCUGGGUCGAGCAGAAGUGCAGGAGUACAAAGACUCUGUAACCCAGCUGAAAAAUGAGGGAGAGACUGAAAGUAACAUGCAACGGUACAAAGAAGCAGUGAAGAAACUGCUUAACAUCUAAACAUAAACACAGAGGAAGUGGAAGAUAAUGGAAUUAUUAUCAUCCUUCCUACUCAUCAUGCGGAAAUUCUUAAGUUUAGUGAUGUGGAAGGGUGUUCAGGAUGUACAUGCUGACAAGCCAUUUGAUUUUCUGUUUACUGCUUGUUAUACAUUUAUACUGGUAAACAUAAUGCACAUCUGUUUUGCAUCCAUCAGCUUUUUUAAGCAGUAAAAACUACAUGUUUUUUGCCAUUUAUUUUAGGAUUAAUAUUGAAAAACAAACUUAAACGAUUUUGGAUGGAGUAAAAAAUAUACACUAUAAAGCUUAGCUCUGUAUGUAAAUGUCAAUAAAAUAGAAAGCAGUUAAUGGUAAAUCUCCUUCAACUUGUAUUUAUCCUGAAAAAAAAAAAUCACUGAUGGAUGGCCAAAAGCUUUGAUCCCUUGGACAUCAAUCCAUUAGAGACAUGCAUGCUUCUGUGACUGAUAUCACCUCAUAGACUCAGGAAUAAAUUAUGUACCGCUGCUUUAUCCUGGUAAGGUUUAUGGUGACCAAACACACACACACCUUUGAAUGACUGUGUAAUCAAAAUGUUCAGUUGCUAAAUUCACCUGCCUGCAGUCCAGACC